AUGAUGGAUGACAUUCCUCUGUCUUCUUCUCCUUCCCUUGGAGACGAAGUAAAGAAUAACGAGAUCAGAUGUCGUCGAAUCUUGGCAUGCAAGCAACAGAUCAAGCAUUGGCAAGAUAAGAUGAGAAGUUUGGAGAAAGAGCAAGAGAAGUACAUCAAACUGGCAAGGUUGAGGCUAGAUGCUCCAUCUACUUGGAGACUGCUAUCGAGAAGAGAGAGACGAGAGAAAGAUUUCAUCUUAGCUGCCUUGGAGUCACCAGAAUUGCCUGAAGCGCUAGAGGACUUUGAAAAUGGUACUUUUCCGUCUCAUAUUCGCCUGGAUCGAGAUAUUCUGAUUGCCCGUGUCAGUAGACAAGACUUUGCCAAGAGCGUCAACGGGGAUAGUGACCUGUUCGUUCCUCCAAAGCUAAGAAAUGACAAAGCACUGGUCUUGGAGAUUGUCAAGCAUUGUCCUAACGCGAUUGAAUUCGUCUCGAACGAGUUGAAAGACGACGGAGAUAUUCUUCGGGCUAUCUUGAAUCGAUCCAAGUUACCUGCCCAUUUUCUGCAGCACUUUUCGGAAACUCUGCGAUCUGACGCAGAUGUCAUGUUGGAAGUUUUGAGCCAUCCAAACAAUGGAUUAUCCUCCAUGGCAUAUUGCUCUAGUGUGCUGCGCAACGACAAGUCCUUCUUUCUCAGUGCUGUUGCUUUUGGCAACCACCAAGCAGACGGUCAAGUCCUCCGCUUUGCGUCCCAAAGACUGAAAGACGACCCUGAAGUUGUGCUCCAUUGCGUUCGUCAAUCAGGAAUGAAUUUGAAGCACGCCUCGUACGACCUUCGUCGUGACCAAGAGAUUGUAUCCGAGGCGUCGAAGCAAGAUCCGGCCUCCUUUCGCUAUUGCUUGCCUGGAAUUGUCAAACAAACUCUUUUAGAGCACAGUGAAUUCGCGAAAAAGGUUGUUCAACAUCUUCCUCUAUCUGGGGUGAAGCAUUGUUUAGAGUUGUACGAAUGUGAUGAAGAAGUGGUGCUGUUUGCCUUGCGCAAUCCAUGUGUUGAGUGGUGUAUGAUUCCCGAUCACUUUCGCAAACAACUAGACUUUGUGGCCAAGGCUGUUCAUCUUUCGAAUGGUAGUAUCUGGGAGGACCUUCCAAUGGAGACAAAGUGCAACUUUCCGGUCGCAUUGGCCCUCGUGACGUCUCCAAGUACUUCCGAAGAUCUUGCCAUGGCAGCCUUUGCGAUUUGUCCUGAAUUAUUUUCCAGCCACAAGGCCAUGAUGUGCUUUAUUGCUAACCAUGGCGGAGGCGACCUGUUGCCAAUGGUACUAGAUUCGUUCCCACUUUCAAUUCGUAGUGACAAGGAACUCAUGAUGAAAGCCAUAAAGAAGGAUGUGUCCAUUUGGGAACACUGCUCGGAUGAAUUAAAAGUUGAUAGGGAUAUCGCGCUGGCGGCACUUGAAGGCUCCCCAAAUGUACUAUUCUUCAUUGGAGAGUCGUAUCAGAUGGAUAAUCCAGCCUUUGUGGUGUUGACCAUAGAAACUCACGCAAGGUAUCUGCAGUUUGUGUACCAUGAUGUAUGCAAAGAACUGUGGUCAAAUCGCGAGGUUGCACGUGCUUGGUUGAAUAGCGGCGGCGAUUGGUUGGAUGAAUUUCCAGAAGAGUUCGCGGAGGAUGAAGAGCUAGUGUUGAUACUUGUCAGGAAGAAUUGGAGCGAUUUCAACAUGAUAUCAGAUGCCUUGAAGGGUGACAAAGAUUUUAUCUUGAAGGCGGUGGCAGUGGAUGCUCGUAUAAUUCGAGAUGUCGAUGAAAAAAUAGCCUACGACAAAGAUGUGGCCCUUGCCGCCAUUAGCAAGGACCCUCGAAGCUUGCAGUUCUACUCUGGUGGAGAAGCUUUUGAAUUUAUUGUCUCAUUUGCCAAACUAAUACGAGAGCGUCUACUCGAAUACCAAGUCUUUCAAAAAGAGAUCGUGGCAUCCAUGGAUAAGGAGUGCCACCGAUCUAACCAAAUCAGCGUUCUCUCGAUGCUGAACCAAGGACCCGCCACACUUGCAAUGUACAAAGACGUGAUUACUUCCUACAUCGGAGUCUUACACGAUGAGGAAGAGAUUGCCAAAUACUGUGCUGUGUCUAAUCACCUAGCUUCUUGGGGUCUGUAG